UCGUAAAGGUUGAAAUGUCAAUUUAAUUAGAACGGAUUAAGAGAUGAAGUUCGUAUACUGGUUCUUUACAGCUGCUGCAUGCGUAACAAUUGCGCUUCUCGUUGCUGUUAUUGUUAUUCUAACAGUUGAUUCUUCCGAUGAUGACAAUCCUUCCACAAAUAUAGGCAGAACCGUGCGGUUUAACAAUGGCAGAGAAUAUCCUAUUUUUGGAAUUGGCACUGCAUAUACAUCUUUAGCCGAAGCUAGAGAAUCAGCCAUGUGGGCAAUCGAUCGUGGAUAUCGACAUAUCGACACUGCGUACAUUUAUGGCACCGAGGUAGGAGUGGGUGAAGCAGUAAACGCCAAAAUUGCACAAGGUGUCAUCGCCCGAGAAGACAUAUUCAUAACAUCUAAAUUGUGGAAGGAGUUCAUGGAGCCACAGCUCGUCCGAAGCGGCUUAGAAAUAACAUUGAGCAGAUUAAACUUGUCGCAUGUUGACUUGUAUCUGAUACACUGGCCGAUGAACUCUCCGGAAAGCUUUGCUUUCGAUUACUUGGAUACGUGGCGUGCAAUGGAAGAGCUAGUUGAUGAAGGUUUGAUUCGAUCCAUUGGUGUUAGUAAUUUUAACGGCACUCAGCUGGAUCACAUCAUUGAUAACGCCAGAAUAAAGCCAGUCGUCAAUCAAAUUGAGUCACAUCCUCAUUGCUUAAAUAAACGAAUAAAAGAGCAUUGUCGUAGCAGAGACGUCAUUGUCACUGCAUAUUCGCCAUUAGGAACUCCAGGUCAUCCGCAAUUUUCUCCUGGUGAUAGACUUGCGAUUAACGAGCCAAUAAUUCGAGCAGUCGCGCAAAAGCAUCAAAAGACUCCAGCUCAAAUAAUGAUUCGGUACCAGAUCCAAAAUGGGCAUAUUGCUAUUGUUAAAACCAAUAGGAAUGACAGAGUAAUCACGAAUUUUGAUGUUUUCGACUUUAAUUUGUCCGCUGAGGAUGUUACUGAAAUUGAAUCGGUGGACUAUUUUUACCGUACAUCUAACGAGGACAGUGACAUUGGUCAUCACCAAUUUCCUUUUGAAACUUUCGAAUGCUUGUAGUUAGCGAUAUGCAUGCCAUUUUAACCGAGCUGUAAUGAAUUUAUACCAAAAAUAAUAAAGUAAAA